AUGUCCAGACGAAUGAGUAAUAUGUCAGUAUUUACUCGUCCAAGUAUUGUAUUUGCCAUUGUUUUUGGCUGUUUUGCUGUGCUUAUACCAAGAAUUUUUUGGCCAAUAGCGCGUAAUACAUUUGGAUUAAAUCCUCCUACACGAGAUGAUGAAACAAAUUUUCGUCGACCACCGGUACGUGAAGGAAUUAGUGAAGGCGAUCAAGUUGAAUAUAUUCAUGGUUCGCCACCGCAUAUGCGUGGCCCACAUCCUGGAAUGCGAGUACACGCUGAUAAAUCUGAUAGUAGUUCAAAAUCUCUUAUUACAUUUGCCUUACCAAUGUAUGCUAUUGGCAUAUCAAUUUAUCUUAUUUAUACAGUGUGUAAGGUGGUGUCAAAACGAAAUGUAAACAAAGAAAAAGAUUAUUUAAAUGAAAAAUAUAAAAAUAUUCGUUGGGAUCCUGAUAGUAAACAAUUUCAAAAUAAUGACGAUGAAGAUGCUACUGGUCUUUAUACUGGUUUGGAUCCUGAAUAUAUAGAAUAUUUAAAACAAAAGAAAAAGAAGAAAAAUGAAGCAGAACAAUUCAUGACUACUGAACAAAAACAAAUGCAUCAAACAUUGGCUGAUAUGAAAAGUUCUCUCACAUUUAUUAGUUCAAAAUUAAUGACAAAACAAUCAAAAGGCGCACUCGAUGACAAUGAAAUCACUCAACUUCAAUCUCGUUUGGAAGCAACAGAAAGUCAAAUGUGUCAGGUAUUAAAUGCAUUGCAAGCAGCAUCGGAAAAAGUCGGUCAAUUCACGAAUAAUUCAGCAGCAUUAAAUCAAAAUCCACCGUUAAUAGUCAAACCAACAUCAGCGAAAACAAACUUAAAUGCAACACGAAAUAAAGCAUCCAUAAAGAAAAAGUCCUAUAACAGACAUGUUGAAGAGACAAAGACAGAUGAAUCAGAUACAAGCGAAUCAACAGACGAUGAUCGUGACUUCAAUAAUGAGAAUAGCUUAUAUCACGCGUCUAAUAAUCUAAAUAUUAAUAACAAACAGUCACACUAUGAUACAUCCGAAUCAUUAUCAUCGGACGAUGAAAAUGAAGAAGAACAACCUCAUCGGCUAACUGAUCAGGAUGAUGAUCCAACUGAUUUGAUGGAACUUGGUUGUAUGGAAACAAAUUAUGAUCAACAUCCAUCAAUCGUAAAUGAUUAUGAAUUGAAGAAAAAUACAUCGAAUAAGAAAAUACCGUAUGAAAAUGUUUCAAAUAAUCGUGGAAGUAGAAAUCCAACAGUACAUUUAUGGAAUAAUCGAAAUAAUAAUAGUAAUUCUCAAAGUUUAAGCGCUAGCACGAGUGAUUCAAGUUCUGAUGACAAUGAGAAACAUCAACAAUCUUAUCAUGAAGAAACAUUUUUAAAAAAUAGAAGAAAACACUAA